GGUCGCAUUUAUCGGGUGUGGAUCCUACAGCAAAAUGUAGAAGUAUUACCAAAUUCAAGCAGGUGGUUGUUGCCACAUCUCGAAAAGUCUCUAUCAAAGCAAUCAUAAUUUACAAGAAUAACGUUUAAAAAUGAGCAAAGUGAUAUAGUAUCAGUUUCCUACUUUUAUUAAAAGUGCAGUGUGUAUAUUACCCCACGAAAACAUAUGAAAUCCGAGACGAUCGUUGGUUGGUGGGUGUUCGUUGAUGCAUAGCGAAGUUGAAGUCUUACCAAGAGCUCAAAAAAAAAAAAGGAGAAGAAACCCCCUAAAAACAAUGCUCAAAGCCACGAGGAAGACAGCGGAUCCAUACAAAUCGAAGCUGAAAGUUAAUGCCAGCCACAGUGGACCGCAUCCACUGCCCGUGGAGCUGGCGGAGAAGGAGGAGGCCUCCUCCACUGGCGGCCAGACGUCGCCCCAAAAGCUCAGCUUGAAGGGCAGCCAACUGGGGGGCAGCAUCUUGAUUGGCAACUACAACUACUUGACCCAGCUGGAGGUUUGCGAAAACGAAAUGGAGGUAUUGGAUCUCAGCUCUUUGGCGCAGCUGGAGUCGCUUAAGUGCAGCCGGAACAAGCUGAUGGAGUUGAUCAUCAAUGCCACCAAUCUGCAGACGCUUGUAGCCGAUCAUAAUUACCUGCAUAAUAUAUCCACAACAAACAUCCAUCCGGUUCCUUUGAAACUGCAACGCAUCGACAUUUCGCACAACAACUUCACCGAGCUACCCAACUGGAUUGGAGCAUGUGCAUCCUUGUCCACUCUGGAGGCUUCUCACAAUCAUCUUAUUAACGUGACGGGACUGCUGCGCAACUUCAGAAUAAAUCAAUUGGUAUCCUUGAAUCUGGCAUACAAUGAUCUUAAGCAUCUAGAUCAAUUACCGGAGGCAUUUUCCAGCGUUCGGAAUCUACAGCUGCAGAGCAACGAGCUGCCGAAUCUCCCCGAGAAUUUCUUUGCCGUGACCCAUGCUCGAUUGGAAACAUUAAAUGCCUCCUGUAACAAGUUGUCCACCUUACCGCGCUACGAGCAGAAUAACCAUGCCGCUCUGGUGAACCUUUCGUUGGCGGGAAAUCAAUUAAAUGACAGUAUUUUUGAGUCAUUGCACAAUGCGGCCAAGUUGAGGGUCCUUCACCUGGCCUACAAUCGCAUUGGAGUCCUUCCCGCCGCUUGCGUUCGCAACUGGCCGGAACUGGAGAUCCUUGUUAUGUCCGGCAAUAUGUUGCAACAGCUACCAGAGGAGGUGGCCACUCUGGGCCAACUGAGGGUCCUUCGCUGCUGCAAUAAUCUGCUUCUGUGCACGCCUCAACUGGCCAAGCUGGGAAUGCUCAAGGUGCUGGAUCUAUCGCAUAAUCAUCUAGAUCGAGUCAAUCUGCUUGCAUUGGUUCCCUCGCGGAAUCUUAAGUAUUUAGAUCUUUCGGGGAAUCUGCAGUUGCAGGUGGAUGAACAACAAUUUAAAGUGUGUCAAACGCAGAGCCAGAGAAACUGGAGUCUUAUCGAUGUUUCCGGCAACAACAGAGCCGCCCUGCCCACAACCACCCUCCGGCAGGUGAAUACCCAACGGGGUCAAAACAAGACUUCUGGACCCUGGACCAUGGGUUUUGCAGAGACCCCCGGCUCAGGAGAUUGCCGCAAACUCUUGGUCUACCAACUGCGAGCGGCCAAUUUCGGGGGCUCCGACGAAGCGCUCUACGGAAUGUUUGAAGCGAAGGAGGGUCAUGGUCGAGCGGCCCAAGAGAUGGCUCAUCUAGUGCCCGAUCUGAUGAAGCGGGAGCAGUUGGUCAAAGACUCGGCAGUCAGGGAUUACAUAAAGUUCACCCUACUGGCAGCGCAGCAGCAGUGUGGCAAUGUUCGGAGCGCCGCUUUGUUUCAUUUGACCAGGACACGGGCUCCAUCGAAGGUCAGACCGCUAAAGAGCAAGCGGUAUGUCCUGCGGAUGGCCAGCACAGGACGACUGGAUGCCUAUCUAAUACGCCGAACAUCCCAAUUGCGUUUGACCGAAACGGAAUGCAUCCAAAAGGACCAGAGUCAUUCUAAGACUAUGCCGGACCCUCAGGUUUUAGAGCUUACCCUAAGCAACGAUGAUGAGUACCUGGUAGUGGGCAAUGCGCAACUCUGGUCGGUGAUGGACAUUGAUCGUGCUGCCCGGGAGAUUCGGAAGGAGGAGAAUGCUCUCUUGGCGGCCAAGCGACUAGUAGACAUUGCCCAGAGUUUCGCGGCAGCGGAGAAUCUGAGUGUGAUAGUGGUGCGCUUCCGGCAUCUGGGCACUGAUGUGGACCACCUGAUUCGGGAACUCAAGCAGAGUGUGCGGAAGAAACCACCGCCGGUUUCCCUGCCUUCGUCCAGUGGAUCCGUGUGCAAGCGAACCUGUUGCGAUCGCAGCAAUGCCUGUCGUCAUCGGGCCAUCGAACAGGAGCCUCUGGCCGGACGAUCCUCGCCAAGUGGUCAAAGCGAUAGGGAUUUGCUUGCCAAAGACAAGGACGAUGAGUUCGUGCUGGCCCAUGCGCGCGUCCUGCAGGAGGAGCAACAGCUGGAGAUGCUGGACGAAACGGAGUCUGUACUUUCCGAGGAGCAGUUCAAGUGCUGGGAGUACAUGCUGGAGCAGAAUACCCAACUUCUGUUCGACAAGGAGCUAAACACCAUUUCCAAAUCCUUCACGAAGCAGCGGUCCGUUCCCAAUGCCAUUAUGGCUGCUCCUGUGGUUUCGGAUCGCAAUGAUUUUACUUCGAAUCUAAUGCGGAGUGUCACCAAUAAGUUCAUCUCGAGUAGUACGCCUCAGUUGCCCCAACCACUGGGCUGCUCCACAACGAACUCUGUGCCUCUGGGAUCGUAUCAUCCUGUAAAGCAGCCAGUUCCAGGACAUUUUGGCAGUGCCCUCACCUUCCAGCAGGCCCAAAGCUACGGAUAUAAUCUGUUCGAUGCCAAGCCACGCAAGAUUUCCGGAGGCACGGUCAAACGUCCUGGACCUAAUUCCGCCUACUUUGGCUCCCUUCAGCGACUGAUGCCCUACAACUUUGAGUACGACUUUGCCGUUACCCAGGAGCGGGAACGGAACAUCCUAGACGAGGAGGAGCAGGACGAUGACGACUUCAACGAACACGAGAGUCGCAUGCGGAAAUACUGGGGAGUCGCCACCACUGAACUCUAGAGUCUAGACGAAGGAUAAAUUACGCCAGGGUAUUUCAAAUAAGUUCAAAUAUUAUCUAAAUAUAUUCUAACAUAAAAAUUAGUUUAAAAAAGUCGACCCUUAUUGAAUGAAAUACUUUACAUUUUGAUUUUUUU